AUGGUCCAGCAGGCUAAGCAGGCCAAGUUCGCAUUCUUGACGCGUGGGAACCCUCAUCGGAGGUACUACGAACACCGAGUGGCGGAGCUGAGAGGGGGUGUGCAAGGCGAAUCAGGCCCGGUCAUGCCCAAGGAGCUGGUGGACUACAAGAAGCAGGAGGAGAAGCGUCGGAAGCGGGAGGAGCGGAAGACGUUGAUGGACGGCCUUGCGAAGGAGGUUAAGCCGCCACCACCGGACGUCUACACGGUGGACCAUCCAUUCGUCGCCCCUAUUGAUAUGGACAUUAUCAAGAUUACAGCACAGUUCACGGCUAGGAACGGCAAUAGGUUCCUUCAGGGGAAAAGUGCAUUCGAUCCCGGUGCCUAG